GACUUUGUGGCUGUGGUAUCCAGUGGAAACUGAUCGAGCUUGUCACGUGGUAAAAGUGUGCGUUUCUAUCUGUUACUUCUGAAAACAUGGAGGCUGUUGUGAGCGAUUUGGUAGCUCCAGAAGACCUUUUGAAAUUUGAGAAGAAGUACAAUGCUGAGUUGGUGAAGGGGGGUGUGUCAAAGGAGACCAAGUUUGAAUAUGCAUGGUGUCUGAUCCGGAGCAAGUAUUCUGACGACAUUAAGAAAGGAAUUGUUUUGUUGGAAGAGCUGGUUAACAAGGGAUCAAAGGACGAUGCCAGAGACUUCCUGUUCUACCUAGCUGUGGCCAACUACAGACUGAAGGAUUAUGAGAAAGGUCUGAAGUAUAUCCGCACUCUCCUGAAGAAUGAACCGGGCAACAACCAGGCCUUGGAGCUGGAGAAGCUAAUAGACAAGGCUCUAAAGAAAGAUGGUUUGGUUGGCAUGGCAAUUGUCGGAGGAAUCGGCCUGGGCGUGGCUGGAUUAGCAGGCCUCAUCGGAUUGGCUGUGUCCAAGGGUCAUGGUCCAAGGUCCUAAUAUGGAGUGGGGAGGGACUUAGUUUUGCUAACACGCUUCAAAGAAAGACUGACAUGCCCUCCUCAAACUUCUCCCCAUAACAAAUUCAAACUAAAGUUGGAAAUGGCUGCCGUUCCCCAAGAUGAGAAGACCACCCAUGGAUCUCCCAAAACAUUUCACUCAUUGCCCAUGGAACCAUCUUUGGGGAUUGAUUUCUGAAAGUAGCCUUAGAUUCACUUAAAUUGUCUUCAUAUUUGAAACAGGUUUUGAUUCCAGUGAAUUUGACAUGUGUAUAUUCAUAGAGGUUUAAUGUGGCACUUUGUCUUCUAUAUUAUAAAUAAGUGUGAUGGAACACGUUACUGAAUGGCAUCUCUUGACUUACUGACCUCAGUAUGUUAGCAUGCACCCUGAGCAGCCACUGAGUUAGCAUCUAAGCAUGUGGUGGACUAUAAUUAAUUUCUUUAUAAGUGCAAUUUAACUUCAAUUAUUGUUGUCUUUACUAAUUUAGACAGAGAAAGCAUUUGUAUUUAGGGAAUUGUCUUAUGUUUAGAGGUAAGUGUUGUGGUGUAGUGUCCAAGCUGCUAAGUGUGUAGUUGGUAAGAAUUAGGCAGCUGUGAUGUGAAUCACUCAUGUUGUCCACAGGGGGCAUCUUUUCUUAGGGAUUGGGUAAAGAUGAAUACCACGACAGUACACGAGAGUAAAACAGCCCUCGGGGAAAGGGCUUUCAUUUGUCUUUAAUUGACAGUGUAGCUGCAAGAAAACAACAUGUAAAGAUAACAUUAUUUAUCCAUAAUAUAACCUCAUUUACUCAAGUUAUCAUAAUGGCAUGAUACUAACAGAUUUUGUUUUAUGUAUCAAAAUACCAAGAUGUUUCAGCGAUUACAUUUUUUUUUCUCCAGUUUUGAUUGUAAAUAAAAACAUUUUAAUUAAUUGUG